AGCAAGUUGUUUUAUGUCACGUCUCACUUAAAGGUCACAAGUUAAAGCCAACAAAAUUAUUUAUGCUCAUUUGUCAAACAUUGAAUUGUAAUGCAAUUUCCCUGUGCUUUCUACUUUCAUUUUCCUAGAAAUUAUACUAGAUGUAUAUGUGUGAUGUUAGGUACCACAUGAGCAUCCAGGGCGAACAGGAACUUUUGGUAUAAUAAAUUUUCUUCUUAAACCAAAGUGUAGUGGAAAAAAAAUUCAUAGAGACCAAGUCAUUCAGUAACAUAACAUGGUGUCAUGCUCCUGGAGUACUAAAUACAUUCCUCUACCAGUGAUUGUAAGCUUAGUUGUGGCGGGGGACAAUGGCGAUUCAUCAGCGUCAUUAUCUGAAACAAGGGAAGCACAAAGAGAAGCUCUUCUUACCACUGGAUGGUGGACGGAUCAAAUUCCUUCAUCCAACACUUCAAAGUGGCAGCACUGUAACUGGAGAGGCAUUUACUGCAGCAAGGUAGGUGAAGUCCUUUCUAUAGAUCUUAGACUAAUAGAAUUGUAUACGUGGGGUGAGCUUGGAAAACUCAACUUCACUUCCUUCCCAAACCUCCAAACACUUGAUCUUAGUGGCUGUGACCUUAAUGGAAGCAUACCGUACCAGAUUGGUACACUGUUAAAACUAAACCAUCUCUCCCUCAGUGGCAACUAUCUCAAGGGUAAGUUACCAUCUUCUUUGGGUAACCUCACUCAACUACAAUUUUUAGAUGUAUCUGACAAUCAACUCAGUGGCUUCAUCCCCUUGGAACUAGGAAAUUUGAGUAACUUGGUUAGCUUAUACCUCCAGUCAAAUAUGUUUACAGGGUCCAUCCCAUGGGAACUAGGAAAUCUGAGUAAUUUGGUCUACUUAUAUCUUGGACAAAACCAACUCAGGGGGUCAGUUCCAUCUUCUUUGGGCUUCAUGAUUAAACUCAAUCAUUUGGACCUUAAUUUCAAUCAAUUGAAUGGAUCUUUACCUUUUCAGCAGGCUAACCUCACUCAGCUCACGAAACUGGAGGUGUCUAGUAAUGCACUAACUGGUUCCAUCCCUGUCAUGAGUUCUUGCAAUAACUUACGGUAUUUAGACCUCUCCAACAAUUCGCUCAGUGGACACAUCCCAGAAGAACUUGGAGAUUGCUCUUCCUUGGAGGUAGUGAGGUUGAAUAAUAAUAAUUUGACUGGAAGCAUACCUCAUAGACUUCGUUGUUUGUUACUUUUGACUCACCUAGACCUCAUCUCCAACAAUUUUUCGGGUGCAAUCCCACCUACCAAAAAUCCAUAUCAGAACCACAAUUGUGACAAUCAAGGUAAUAGUGAAUUGACUUCCCACAGGAAGAAGCCAGUCUUGCACGUUCUUUACAUAGUCCUUCCCAUUACCAUUGGCAUUUCAUUAUUGUUACUAGCCUUUGUGUUCUUUGUUCAGCACCACCCUACAGCAAUUCAAAACAAGAUACAUGUUAGUAAUGGUGAUACUGAUAUGUUUUCAGUAUGGAACUUUGAUGGAAAUGUUGCAUAUAAUGACAUUAUAAGAGCAACCAAUAAUUUUGACAGCAAAUACUGCAUAGGAACUGGCGGAUAUGGCAGUGUAUAUGAAGCCAGGCUGCCGAGUGGUAAAACUGUGGCGCUCAAGAAACUUCAUCACUGGGAAGCAGAGGAUCCAGCUUCUGACAGAAGUUUUAGAAAUGAGGUGCAUGUUUUGUCAAAUAUAAGGCACAAAAACAUAGUGAAACUCUAUGGUUUCUGCCUGCACAACCGAUGCAUGUUUCUUAUUUAUGAGUAUAUGAAGAACGGAAGUUUAUUCUGUGCCUUAAGAAACGAGGCUCAUGCUGUGGAAUUAGAUUGGAGUAAGAGGGUGAACAUUGUGAAAGGUACAGCACAUGCCUUAUCUUACAUGCACCACGACUGCACUCCACCUAUAGUUCACCGUGACAUAUCAAGUAAUAAUAUCCUUUUGAACUCUGAAAUGGAGGCAUUUGUUGCUGACUUUGGUGCAUCAAGGUUUCUAGACCCCAAUUCAUCAAAUCAGACGAUGGUUGCAGGCACUUGCGGUUAUAUUGCUCCAGAACUUGCAUGCACGAUGGUUGUGACUGAAAAAUGCGAUGUGUAUAGCUUUGGAGUGGUGGCACUAGAAAUUAUGAUGGGAAACCAUCCGGGAGACUUCAUCUCGUCAUUCACAACUUGCAAAUCCACUCAGAAUAGUAUGCUGAAUGAUAUACUGGACAGACGCCUCCCACGUCCAACAAGAGGGCAAGAAUUAGACAUUAUUCUUGUUUUAAAGCAAGCAUUUGCAUGUUUACAUUCGAAUCCCAAAUGUAGGCCAUCUAUGAUUAGUAUAUCUCAAGAGUUCUCACAAACUCCAAAGAUGUUGGCUGCAGACUCUAUUUAUACCACUUCAAUUAAACAACAAGACAUGGUUUCAUGCUCCUGGUUUGUUUACAUACAAGUACUGCUAAUUGUAUGCUUAGUUGUUGCAGAGGACUCCAGUAAUCCAUCAUCAGUAUCGUCUACAUCAACAAGUGAAACAGAAAGAGAAGCUCUUGUUACCUCAGGAUGGUGGGGGAAUCAAAUUUCUAUAUCAAAGACUUGCAAUUUAAAAGGCAUUAGUUGUAGUGCUGGGAGAGUCAUAUCUAUUGAUUUCAGAUCAACGGGUACUCAUAUAGCGGAUGGACUUGAAAAGCUGGAUUUUUCUGCUUUCCCGUACCUCCAGAGACUGGAUCUUUCUUAUUGUGGGCUUAAUGGUACCAUACCGUACCAGAUUGGAAUGCUUUCAGAGCUCAAUUAUCUCUCCCUGAACAACAACUAUCUCACUGGUAAGUUACCUUCUUCCCUGAGUAAUCUCGCUCAACUACAGGUGCUAGAUGUAUCUCACAAUGUUCUCAAAGGUUCCAUCCCCUCUGGAGUAGGUAGCUUCAAAAAUCUUGUUUAUCUAGACCUUGGAUACAAUGAAUUCACUGGACUCAUCCCCAAGGAACUAGGUAAUCUGAGCAAUUUACUAGAUUUAUACCUUCGGAAUAAUAAUCUCAAUGGUUAUAUUCCCUUAAAAUUAGGCAACCUGAGUAAUUUGGUGAAUCUAGACCUUGGGCAAAACACGCUCACAGGGACAAUCCCCUCAGCUUUGGGCUCCUUGCCUAAACUCAAACGAAUGGACCUUAGUUGCAAUCAAUUUAAUAACACUUCGCCUUUUCAACAGGCUAACCUCACUCAGCUGAGGUGGUUAGAUGUCUCUAACAAUUCUCUUGUUGGAUCCAUACCUGUUUUCAGGAAUUGCGACUCUCUAAGGUUUAUAGACUUUUCCAACAAUAAGUUGAGCGGGCACAUCCCAAAGGAGCUAAGAAAUUGCUAUGCAUUGGAGCAAGUGAUAUUGAGUCAUAACGAACUUACUGGCUCCAUCCCGAGGGAACUAGCAAAAUUGAGUAAUUUAGCCAUCUUAGACCUCAAGAGAAACCAACUCACUGGGGAUAUCGGAUCGACAGUAAGCUCAUUGACUAAACUUACCCAACUGGACUUCAGUUACAAUCAGAUAAAUGGUUCCAUGCCUGUUUUCAAGAAUUGCAAUGAGCUAUAUUACCUGGACCUAUCUCACAAUUUUUUGACAGGGCACAUCCCAAAAGAGAUUGAAUAUUGUCAUGCUUUGAGGCACGUGAGACUCGGUUAUAACAAUUUGAGCGGAGGCAUACCCACUCGCUUGUUAUAUAUGGACUUGGAUAUUUCUCAAACUAAUCUUUCUAGGACAAUCCGAUAUAUCUACAACGAUGGUCUACCACCACCGCCACUAGCUCUGUCUCCACCACCGGUGCAUCUGUCCCCAUCCCCACCUAAAUUUUCACAUAACAAUGGGCCUGAUACCAAUUUGAACUCUCGUCCAAAGAAGCAAGAUACUCAUGUCCUUUACAUAGUUCUUCCGCUUACCAUUGGCCUUUUGUUAUUGAUUCUGGCCUUGGUGUUCUUUUGUCGGGGUACACCUAAAAAAAUUGAAAACAUUGUGGAUGUGCAAAAUGGUGAUUUCUUUUCGGUGUGGAACUUUGAUGGAAAAGUUGCGUAUCAGGACAUUAUAAGAGCAACAGAUAAUUUUGACAUUGUAUUCUGCAUAGGAACUGGCGGGUAUGGUAGUGUAUAUAAAGUGAGGUUGCCAAACGGCCAAACUGUGGCACUAAAGAAACUUCAUCGCCUGGAAGCUGAGGAUCCGGAUUUUGAUAGAAGUUUUAGAAAUGAAGUGCAUGUCUUAUCAAAUAUAAGACACAAGAAUAUUGUCAAGCUCUAUGGUUUUUGCUUGCACAAUCGAUGCAUGUUUCUUGUUUAUGAAUAUAUGAACAAUGGAAGUUUAUUUUGUGCCCUCAGAUCUGAGGCCCACGCCUUGGAAUUAGACUGGACUAAGAGGGUGAACAUUGUGAAAGGAAUAGCACAUGCUUUAUGUUAUAUGCACCAUGACUGCACCCCACCUAUAGUUCAUCGAGACAUAUCAAGUAAUAACAUCUUAUUGAACUCUGAAGCGGAGGCCUUUGUAGCAGACUUUGGUGCAUCAAGAUUUUUAGACCCCGAUUUAUCAAAUCAAACCAUGGUUGCAGGCACUUACGGUUAUAUUGCUCCAGAGCUGGCAUACACGAUGGUUGUGACCGAAAAAUGCGAUGUGUAUAGCUUUGGAGUGGUGGCACUAGAAAUUGUGAUGGGAAGCCAUCCAGGAGACUUCAUCUCAUCACUCCCAAGUCUCAAAUCCACUCAAAAUGGGAUGUUGAAUAAUUUACUGGACACACGCCUUCCACGACCAACAAGACAACAAGAACUCGACAUUAUUCUUGUUUUCAAGCAAGCAUUGGCGUGUUUAUGCGUAAAUCCCAAAUUAAGGCCAUCUAUGAUUAGUUUAUCUCAGAAGUUCUUACAAACUCCGAAGACGUUGGCUGGAGAUUCAAUUUAUACAACUUCAAUCGAACAAAAGAUGGCCUCACACUCCCGGAUUAUUAACACACUUAUUCUGCUAAUUAUUUGCUUAGCUGAUGCGGAGGACACUCGUGAUUCAUCUUCAUCAUUGUCUGUAACAACAUCAGAAUCAGAGAGAAAAGCUCUACUCAGCACGGGAUGGUGGGGGAAUCAAAUUCCUUUAUAUAACUCUUCAAGGUGGCAGCAUUGUAAUUGGAGGGGCAUCCACUGCAGUAACGCUGGUAGAAUCCUUUCUAUAGAUCUCAACGGGAUUCUUAUAGGGGAUGACCUUGGAAAAAUUGAUUUUUCUUCCUUCCCCUACCUCCAAAGACUUGAUCUUUCCUGCUGUGGGCUCAACGGAAGCAUACCAUUCCAGAUUGGAAUGCUUUCAAAACUAAACUAUCUGUCCCUUUACGCCAACUAUCUCACUGGUAUGUUACCUUCUUCCCUGCUUAACCUUACUCAAUUAGAGGUGCUUGAUUUAUCUGACAACGAUAUCAGUGGUUCCAUACCCUCUGGAAUAAGCAGUUUAGAGAUUCUGUAUUCUGUAGACCUUGGGGCCAACCAACUCACAGGGACAAUCCCUUUCUCUUUAGGCUCCUUGACUAAACUCAAACACCUAAACCUUGAGUUUAAUCAAUUCAAUGGCUCCCUAGAUUUUUUUCAGCUGGCUAAUGUCACUCAUCUCAAGAAUCUUGAACAUCUGGACCUUGGACACAAUAAACUCACCGGGUUUGUGCCCCGGGAAUUUGGGAAUCUUAGCAAUUUGGUCUAUGUAAAUCUUCAGGAAAAUAAUCUCACUGGGAUCAUCCCCUCAGAACUAGGUAACCUGAGAAAUUUGGUCAGUUUAUACCUUGGGAAAAACAAACUCAGAGGGACAAUCCCAUCGGCUUUGGGCUCCUUGACCAAACUAAACCACCUAGACCUUGGUUCUAAUCGAUUUUAUGGCUUUCUAGACUUUCAUCUGGCUAACCUCACGUCCCUAGUGAAUCUUGUUUAUCUAGACAUUGGACAUAAUAAACUUAGUGGAUUUAUUCACCCGGGAUUCAAAAAUCUUAGCAAAUUGGUUUAUUUAAAUCUCCAGGAAAACAAAUUCACUGGUAUCAUUCCCUUGGAACUAGGAAACCUAGGUAAUUUGGUCAGUUUGCUUCUUGGCCAGAACAAACUCACAGGAACAAUCCCAUCAACUUUGGGCUCCUUGGCUAAACUCAACUACCUAGACCUUAGUUUUAACCAAUUGAAUGGCUCUUUAGUGUUUUUGCCAGGUGAAAUCUCUCAGCUUGUGAAACUCGAUGUAUCUCAUAAUUCUCUCACAGGCUUUCUACCUGUUUUCAGAAACUGCAAAACAUUACUAGAUCUAAAAUUCUCCAACAAUUUGUUCAGUGGACACAUCCCAGAAGAACUUGGUGAUUGCACAUCUUUGGAGUCGGUGAGUUUAAACAACAACAAUUUGACCGGAAGCAUACCCAAUAAAUUUAGUUGUUUUAAGAAAUUAAAUUACUUAAACCUCCUCCAAAACAAUCUUUCUGAACCAACCCCACCCAUUGAUUUCCCAUACGAGCAGCACAAAUGUUAUGAUAGUGAAGGGACUCCCCAGAAGAGAAAGUCAGUCUUUCCUGUCCUUUACAUAGUGCUUCCUCUUGCCAUUGGUGUUCCCUUAUUGAUUCUAGCCUUUGUGUUCUUUUGCCGUCAAACACCUCCAGUAAAUCAAAUCAAGACGUCUCCGGGAAAUGGUGAUAUGUGUUCAGUAUGGAACUUUGACGGAAUCAUUGCUUAUGAGGACGUUAUAAGAGCAACAAAUAACUUUGAUAUCAAGUACUGCAUUGGAACAGGUGGCUAUGGCAGUGUUUACGAAGCCAAAUUGCCAAGUGGUAACACUGUGGCGCUUAAGAAACUUCAUCGCUUGGAAGCCGAGGAGCCAGCUUUUGAUCAAAGUUUUAGGAAUGAGGUGAAGGUUUUGACAAAUGUAAGACACAAGAAUAUCGUGAAGCUCUAUGGUUUCUGCUUGCACAACCGAUGCAUGUUUCUUGUCUACGAGUACAUGGAUAAGGGUAGUUUAUUUUGUUCCCUGAGAGAUGAUGCCCACGCUGUGCAAUUAGAUUGGAAUAAGAGACUGAACAUAUUGAAAGGUAUAGCAGCUGCUCUGUCUUACUUGCACCACGACUGCAGUCCACCUAUAGUUCACCGAGAUGUAUCAAGUAAUAACAUACUAUUGAACUCCAAAAUGGAGUCGUUUCUCGCUGACUUUGGUGCAGCAAGGUUGCUAGAUCCUGAUUCAUCGAAUCAAACUAUGGUUGCAGGAACUCGCGGUUAUAUUGCUCCAGAGCUUGCUUACACAAUGGCUGUGACCGAAAAAUGUGAUGUGUAUAGCUUUGGAGUGGUGUCACUAGAAAUCAUGAUGGGAAGUCAUCCAGGAGACUUCCUGUCAUCAUUCACAACUCUGCAAUCAUACUCCCACAGAAUGUUAAAUGAUAUAUUGGACAAACGCCUCCCACUUCCAACAAAACCGCAAGAAAAUGACAUUAUUCAUGUCAUAAAACAAGCAUUCGCGUGCUUACACUUGAAUCCCAAAUUUCGGCCACCUAUGAAGGAUCUACUCAAGGAGUUUUCGCCAAAGAUACUAGAUGCAAAUUCUAAUCAUCCCACUUCAAAGAUAUUGGCUACAGAGCGUAUUGAUAUCCUGGAGUAACUGAAUUUACAACGACAAAUAGCAUUAUCUGAAGGGUCUGGUUGAGGACCUUAACUUGUGAAAUACUGUAGGCUGGAGCUGAAACAGAACAUAAUUUCAGGGCUGGCCCUGACUAGCAGCUGCUAGUCACCAUUAUGCUCAAGUGCUUUACCAACGCUGCUGGACUUCACUAGCACCCACGGGCCACGUGAAGUCCAAUUUGCUGAGCUGGUACGUGAUUGUGUUUAAUUAUACGAAGCAAACACUUCGUCAAUGUUGAAGUGAAUUCGUCAAUGUUGUAGUGAAUGCAGAUGCAUCUUUUACAUUUUCAUGAGUAAAAUUCAGCGUAUUAUGUUUGUUUGAUUACGGGCUUCUCUGGCCCAAACUUUUGCAUUCUCUGGGCCAGGGUGAAAUUUCAGCUUAACCAAUUUGGUGGGUUGCUACUUGCUAUUUAGAUAUAGUUGAGCAAGAAUCAUAAAUCUUUACUUGUACUUUUUAGUUGCAGUGGUACAAAUUUUAUACAUAACAUAACAUACAUAUACAAUUUUUUU